AUGUCCCUCAAGAUGAUCUUCUUGGUUGGUGCACCGAUAUCUAGCAGCUUGGACUGGGAUGCAGACGAGCUGCUUAACACACCGUUACCACCAUUCUAUGAUAUCGAAAAUCCCGACCAUCAUCGGCCAUCUGUCGACCUCGAGCAAUCCUCCGUAAAAUGGAGAGUUCUGCAGCCUUGCUUAGAGGACGAACCGAACCACCAGCAUGUCUUUUACCAUGGCCUAAACGACCCAAACUUCCUGACGACACGCCAGUUAGGCGCCGCUGGAGAUACAUCAACUGAAGAAGAUUCAAUACUAUCAAUGUUCUACAGUCACUCAUUCGCGAUCCACGAAAAUACCGAUGUCAAUGUCUCCAUAUCUGGACUGGAAUAUAUAACGCAGGAGGGCGAGACAGUCCCAGACAGCAUGAGAACAUCAACCAUUAGUUCAUCUGGAGAAAGGGAAUUAACCGAACCACAACCAUCCUUGAGGAUGAGCGGACCACUCAGUGACCUGCAGGACAUUCCCACCGCCAGACAUUUAGAGUCGAUCGUUCCGCAAACCAUGACAGUGAACUUGAUUGUGGGGAUCAUUGCCAUCUAUCCACCCCGUCGCGUGGUGACACGGCAGUGGAAGACGGAAUUUGAUAUUAUUGAGAUGGUGGUUGGAGAUGAAACUAGGACUGGCUUCGGAAUGAACUUCUGGCUUCCGUCCGAACAGUACACCACUGCCAAGACCAAGGAGAGCGAUCGCCUCGGCCAAGCGCUGGCCACGCUUCGACCCCAGGAUAUUGUCUUACUCCGGACUGUAGCGUUGAGCUCAUUCCAGGGCCGGGUCUACGGGCAGACUUUACGCGGAGGCAUGACCCAGGUCGACCUCUUGCACCGCCGGCCGGAGGAUGAAACGGAUGCGGAUGGAUCCUACCAAGCAAGUUGCUUCCAAAACUUAGCCGCCGAUCAGCCGCAUCAGAAAGCCCGCCGAGUACGCGAAUGGGUUCUGGCAUUCGUGGGGGGUACGGAUCAGGGAGGCGGUCAUCUUUCGGGAAUGUCAUCGACACAUGGCCACCAUCGGUUGCCUCCGGACACGCAAUGA